AUCUAUCUAUGUGUCUAGCUGUCUAUCUCUCUCGCCGUGUCUGUAGCGCUCCGUUCCCGUUCAGGGUCAUUCGGUUCAUCCGGUGCUGAGCGCGAGCGACGAUGGCGACAUCACGGGCGGCUUCCUUGCUUCCGUUUUGCUCGUGACCAUUCGGAGGAUUCCUCAAAAGAAGAAGAAGAAGGGGGAAAAAACACAGGACGCAUUAUUACUGUGGAAUUAAAGUAGAGGGUUUAUAACGGAGCCCGGUACUGAGGAAGAAAAAAAAGAAGAAGGGAGGGACCCGUGUCGGAGUCGGAGUCGGUGUCGGAGUCGGUGUCGGUGCGCGCGCUCGCCGUGUUUCCUAACGACCCCCCCUCCCCGUGUCUGUGUGAGAGGCUGAGUCACCCCACCGCCGGAGCGCCCGAAGGGUCCCGCGAUCCGGGAGAGAGAGUGAGACGCGGGGAGGGACGCGGUGACAGAGCGAGAGAACGCUGAAGCGUAGAAAACAGGAGGAAAAGAAGAAAGAGAGAGAGAGAAAGGAAGCACGGUGGCAGGGGUGGGACGAGCGAGCCUGAGAGAAGAGGACGAGCACUGGGCUCCCCCCUGACCCCUGACCCCUGACCCCUGACCCCUGAACACCACCACCCCCCACCCCCGAGCUCGGAGUCAUCAUGAACGACCAGAACGUGGUGAAGGAAGGAUGGCUACAGAAGAGAGGAGAGUACAUAAAGAACUGGAGGCCGCGAUACUUCCUCUUGAAGACGGACGGUUCCUUCAUCGGCUACAAGGAGAAACCCCAAGAUGCAGACUUCGCCUACCCUCUCAACAACUUCUCUGUGGCCAAGUGUCAGCUGAUGAAGACGGAGCGGCCGAAGCCCAACACCUUCAUCAUCAGAUGUUUGCAGUGGACCACUGUGAUCGAGCGAACGUUCCACGUGGACACACCUGAGGAGAGGGACGAAUGGGUGGAAGCGAUCCAGAUGGUGGCGGACAAGCUGGCCAAGCAGGAGGAGGAAGGAAUCCUGUGCAGUCCCACCACCCAGAUCGAGAUCGUCAACGAGGAGGAGAUGGACACCUCCAUCAGCCACCAUAAACGAAAGACAAUGAACGACUUCGACUAUCUGAAGCUGCUGGGCAAAGGCACAUUUGGGAAGGUGAUCCUGGUGAAAGAGAAGGCCAGUGGAACUUAUUAUGCAAUGAAGAUCCUGAAGAAGGAGGUCAUUAUCGCCAAGGAUGAAGUGGCCCACACUCUGACUGAAAGCAGGGUAUUAAAAAACACUAGGCAUCCCUUUUUAACUUCUCUGAAGUAUUCCUUUCAGACCAAGGAUCGUCUCUGCUUCGUCAUGGAGUACGUCAACGGCGGAGAGCUGUUUUUUCAUUUGUCAAGAGAGCGCGUGUUUUCGGAAGACCGGACCCGUUUCUAUGGCUCCGAGAUCGUCUCUGCACUGGAUUAUUUGCACUCUGCUAAAAUUGUUUACCGCGAUCUUAAGCUGGAGAACCUGAUGCUGGACAAGGACGGCCACAUUAAGAUCACAGAUUUCGGCUUGUGUAAGGAGGGCAUCACCGACGCCGCCACCAUGAAGACGUUCUGCGGAACUCCGGAGUAUCUGGCGCCCGAGGUGCUGGAGGAUAACGAUUACGGACGAGCGGUGGACUGGUGGGGACUCGGAGUGGUCAUGUACGAGAUGAUGUGUGGACGCCUUCCCUUUUAUAAUCAGGUACGUUGGAGAGGAGGCUGUGAGAGACGUGACGCUGUUCUAGGCCAUGAGUCACUGAUCCAGGACCAUGAGAAGCUGUUUGAACUGAUUCUUAUGGAAGAAAUCAAAUUUCCCAGAACCCUCUCUGCUGAUGCCAAGUCUCUGCUCUCUGGCCUGCUCAUCAAAGACCCUAACAAAAGACUGGGAGGAGGUCCAGACGACGCCAAGGAGAUCAUGAGACACAGCUUCUUCUCCACGCUGGACUGGCAGGACGUUUAUGAUAAAAAGCUCAUCCCCCCGUUCAUGCCCCAGGUCUCGUCUGAGACAGACACCAGGUAUUUUGAUGAGGAGUUCACGGCUCAGACCAUCACCAUCACCCCUCCAGAGAAGUUUGAUGAGGAUGGCAUGGACUCUGCGGACAGCGAGAGGAGACCGCAUUUCCCACAAUUCUCGUAUUCAGCCAGUGGGCGGGAGUGAAGCUGGCUCCUCCUCCUCCUCCAGCGCCAGUGUUUUCAUCUGAGGCCAUUUAAGGAAAUUACGUAGCCAUGCUAGGAAAAGUCUGCACUCUUUCCCCUCCUCCUCCUCCUCCUCCUCCUCUUCCUCCUCCUGGUUUCUCUUUAAUUAUUUAAUGACUUUGGGAAGUUUUUAUUUUGUUUUUGUUGAUUUUUAUUUUUGAUGGUGGGGUAAAGGGGGGUUUUGCACAGAUGGGUUCGACUGAACCUGGUCAAAAAAAAAAAAAAAGAACAACAAAAAAAAAAGAAAGAAGAGUCUUGUACAUUUUCAGCGUUGUUGUUGUUUACAGCAGAUCAAGGAAAUUUUUUUUUUUUUUCCUGUCUCAGUGCAUUAAAUUAUGUCCAUCAGUAUUACCAUUGACGUUCAGCUCAUAGGUUUGUUUGGGAUUUUUUUUGUUUUGUGUGUGUGUGUGUGUGUGUGUGUGUGUUUUAAAGAGCCGUUCUGGGGAACAAAACCAAAAAUGUUGCCUUAUGUGUGCGGACAGACGGAAGAAUAGACAGAGAGACAGACGAAGAGAUGGACAGACAGACGGAAGGAAGGAUGGACAGACAGACAGACUGAAGGAAGGAAGGAUGUACAGACAGACAGACAGACAGACGGAAGGAAGGAUGGACAGACAGACAGACUGAAGGAAGGAAGGAUGUACAGACAGACAGACGGAAGGAAGGAUGGACAGAGAGACAGGGUUCUUGGCUCGCAAAACUUUUUUCUUUUUUCAUACGUUUGUGUUCCUGCGUCGCUCACUUUAACAUGUUCCAUCUCUCGCACUCUGUCACACUGCGGGGGAAAAACGUCUACGCUAGAAAAAACACUACGGUUUAUCCUUAUUAUUUUUGUUCAGAAGGAAAAGAUUUCAUUCACAGGAAACAAAACUGCCAGUUACAGUAACCUAAACCUCACUCAGGCGACAAAACUACUCAAACCGGAGAGAGGGGGGGAGAGAGAGAGAGAGGUGGAGAGAGAGAGAAAGAGACGGGGUGGAGAGGGAUGGAGAGAGGGAGGGAGGGAGAUGAAGAGUGAUGGAGAGAGAGAGAAAUAGAGUUGGAGAGAGAGAGGGAGAGGAAAAGGAAUGGAGAGAGAGAGAGGGAGGCAGAGAGAGGUGGAGAGAGGGAGAUGAAGAAGGAUGAGAAUUGGAAAGAGGGAUGGAGAGGGAUUGAGAGAGAGAAAUGGGGAAGAAGAGAGGAAGGAAGAGAGAGAGUUGUAGAGGGGGUGGAGAGUGAUGGGGAGAGAGAGAGAGAGGGAGAUGUGGAAAGGUUUGAGGUGGUUUUGCUGUUAAACACAGACUCAGUUACAGUAUAGACAGAAUGUCAGAGCGCUGAUCCGGGAUCAGUUUUUUACUGCAUUGCUCGAGGAACAACUUAAAUUCUCACCCACCAUUUCCCAUCUCGAGAAUCCUUAAAGUCCAGAACUCCGAACUGAACCAGGAAAAGCUGCCAGGAAUUUUCUUCAGUCUUAACCUUAACUCUAGGAGCCUCCGUUUCCUUUUAAAGUAAAUCCAGUAGGUUGUGCCUCUUAUUUCACAUUUUAUCUAAAAUCCUUCUGCAGCUCAAACCUGGAUGGAGCCUUGGUUCUUCCGGUGUUACAGGAUUAAGGGAUAUAAAAGAGGUUGAAGGCGGAGCUAAGGGUGAAGGGUGGAGACGAGGGUCUGUGUACGUUGCGUUUAUUCGUCCGGACGUCAGAAAAAAAAUCGGAGAAAAACAAGCGAUGAAAGAUUUUCACACUAAAACGUUAAAUGGAUUUUUUUUAUUUAAAUAUAAAAUCAAAAUAAAUUUUUUUUAUUGAAUUUAAAAAUCAAUCUAAAUAUAAUUUAAAAAAUAUAUAAUAUAAAUAUAAUUUUAAAAGAUAAUAAAUAUAAUUUAAAAAAUAAUAAUAAAUAUAAAUAUUGUUUUUAAAAAUAUUUAACUCAUUUUGAACUCCUAAGUGUUUCAUCAGAUGAAGUCUAGAAAUAAGAAAAAAAAAAGAAAAAUAUCAGCAAUUUCAGUGCUAUUCGUACAGAGUGUUAAAAAAUUUCACCAAACAGCUUUACAGGAAUAUAUUUCAGCACUGAAUGUUUUUCAGAAUUUUUUCCAUAAAACGUGAUAAAAAAAAAAAAAAAAAAAGCAUCAGUGAACAUGAAAAGAAAAUUCUGCGUGAUUAAACGAUUAAAUGAAAUUGUAGCAUCUGGAAAAUCCUGUGAAUUUAUUUAUUUCUUUUCUUCCUCCUUCCAUCUUCAGCAUUAGGCUUUGUUUAAAAAGUCGACAGUGACGGCCGUAUGAUCCUGAGACCGUCCGUUUAUUUUAACGCUGAAAUGAAUCUGGGAAAAAAAUAAUGAAAAAACACUGAUGGAAAAAUAAUAUGAGGAAUUUCCGUCGUAUUUUAUAUUACGUUUUUUAAAGCUGAAAAAAAAUGAAUCGAUCAUCUGAUUUGCAUAGAAUUGUCACAUUUUGAAAUUAUGAAAUAAAUAAAAAUAAAUAAAUAAAUAAGCGUGAUGUAUGCAGACCUGACAUAAUAGAUGAACAUUUUUGAUUAAAAUCUGCUGCAAAAAAAUAAAUAAACAAUUAUUUAAAUCCACUUCAAAAUGUCAUCUAAGGGUGUACAAACUUUUGCAUUCAACCGUGAAUAGGAUCUCGGAUACUCGAGGCACGGAUGAAAACCUGAUCCCGGAUCGGAGUGUCUCUGUUUAUCAGAGGUUUUUAUAUUCAUUCACAAAAGUAUUUAAUAAAAAACAAAAAGGGAAACAAGUACAACGGAAAUAAAUAGGAAUAUAAAUCAUAUUUAUAGAUAAUAUAUAAAAUAGAAUGAAUUAUAAUUAUGACAUUUUAUAUAUAUAUAUAAAAUCCAGGCAAAGGUGCUGGUGAUGGAUAAAUAGCUGAGGAAGCGUAUUGUGAUGAAACGUUCCAACACGGCUCUUUGUACAGAAACCUCACCGCACGCGAGCGCCGUUCCGCACCGAGGCUUUAUUCUGUAAAAACUCUAAUGAAACCGAGACUCAGCUCCUGACCAUCAACUACACAAGCUUCUCUUUUCACAACACAAAUAACUCUUACUCUAAUUGUGUUUAUUUUUUGUUGUUGUUGUUGUUGUUGUUGUUGACAUCGCUCAGUUCAGGUUAGCCGUAGAUCGCGACAUACUGUGUCCUCCAGAUUCUUCAGCACCUUUCUGAGAGUCCAGAUCUAUGGGGUUGUGGUCAUUUUACACAAAUGACUCAAAAUUUGUGCCCCUUCGGGGGUUUUAAUGCAACAAAACUCCAAAAGUCUGGAAAAGUUUUUUCUAAAGGCAAUUUUUUUUGCGUUCAAUGUCGAUUGCGUCACCCGAGGAGGGUGAAGAAGGCUAACGCGUGUUUCUUUUGAGACUUCGGAUAAGUGCGAAAGUUUGCGUCCCCCUUUUUUUAUGCCCAUUUUUUUUUUAUUACGACAUUGUUCGAUUUUAAGGACGCUCUUCUUCCAGAAUAAAAGUCCAAAAAAAAAAAAACCACGGAUUCCCAAAUUGUACAUUUUUCAGAUGGUAAUAACAGAGGAGAGAAUAUGUUUCCUUCUCUUUUUCUGAUUUUUAAAAAAAAUAAAAAAGUUGUUUUGAGACACUUGAAAUCGGUCACGUCGUUUCGGACCUCUCGCAGUGCAUCUGCCCUCUUCCGCAUACCUGAGAUCACAGAUGCUAACGAUCAGCUAGCACUGCUGAGAGAGAGAGAGAGAGAAUAGGCCCCUCCCAUCCGGACCGUAUGGAUCAUUUUGCUCCUUUUUGAUAUACGACAACAAUUACAUUUAUUUCAUCAAUUUUUGUUCACUUUUUAAUAAUAAUUCUGGAGGUCACCGGAUGACGUAAGGACGACGCAGCUAACCUGAAACCCCAGACGUUUCCCAAAAGCGCACUAUUCAAUAGGUCCAAAAGUAAUGGCACCCCUGCAUAAUCAGUGCGAAUUAACUUACAUUACGCACACGUGUACGAGUCAGUAUUGCACUAAUCCCACGCGGUUUCACGUUAACACGUGGCUAGAGAUCCACCUCUGGAUGCACUCGUCCAAUCCGACCUUAUAAACAGACUCGUAUCUUAUCGUCAGAAGACAAAACGAUGGCGUGAUUGAAACAAAAAACAUUACUGUAGAUUCUGUGAUAUUUAAGCCCCGCCUCUUUUCUAUCCGCACCAAUCAGAUGAAAGUUGUAAACGUUUUCUCUCCGUUUUGCUGAUUUCAAGGUCAAGGUUUUCUAAAUGUCGGUAUCACGAGACCCUUUUUUUCCCCCCUCAGUAUAUUUUUGUACCAGUCUUCUAAUUUUCGCUCACGCCGUCGUCACACUCCGUCUCUCCUCUCGGCGCAACGAAGGCUCCUUGUUUUUGAAAGCAAAGAAACGAAAGACGCGUUAAUGGAUUUCUUUUCGGUUCUUGGAUCUCAUUGUUAAGUUGUUCUGUUUGGAUUUGUUUGGUUUGUUUUUAAUACCAAAGCGACGCGGCAGGUUCACAGUGACGUCUCCUGCUUCGUUGCUGUUUGGUGAUAUUUAUUUUAAGUUAUAAUAAAAUGACGGAAAAACCAA